AUCAGUCGAUUUUUAUUAACAUCGUCUUCAUUUAAACAUGGCAUCCAAAUUCAUAGUACUAGCUGCUUUAGUAGCUGUAGUUAGGGGUGGAGUUGUCAGUGCACCAGUUGGAGUAGCUGCUAAAAUUAGCGACGCCACUUUCGAUCCAAACCCGCAAUACUCUUUCGCUUACGAUGUCCAGGAUGCUUUAACAGGCGACAGCAAAAGCCAAGUAGAAAGCAGAAGCGGCAAUAUUGUACAAGGACAAUACAGCUUGGUCGAACCUGACGGAACCCGUCGUAUUGUGGACUACGUAGCUGAUCCCAUCAACGGCUUCAACGCGAUCGUAAGAAAAGAACCACUUGUAGUUGCAGCUCCAGCAAAAAUCCUUGCCAGAGCACCAGUUGCUUCAAAACUUGUGGCUGAACCAGUUGUUGCUAGAGCUGUAGCCAAGGCUGGUCCCGUUGUUGCCAAGGCAGUUUCAAGGAGUUCCAAACAAGUUGCCGCUCAGGCUGUUCCAUUUGCUGCUUCUUCCGCUCAACUUAUAAGUGCACCAAGCCCAAUAGUGGCUCAAGCAGCUCCAGCUGUCGCUAGACUAGCCGCCCCUUAUGUCGCCGCUCCAGCACCGUUAGCUUACCCAGCUUUCAGUCUAAACUAUCCGUUUGCUGGACCUUUGACUUACGCCUAUGUUUAAUCGGCUGAUAAUGUUUUUAACUCAAUAAAUUAAUAUUAUUAAUUUAC